UCAUAUCACUUGAUCGUCCUGUUAUGUUUGAUCGUGAUUUCUCGGUUACUUUGCUCGUUUACGGUGAUGGCGUACAUAGGAAAAUAUUUUAAAAAGUUAUAGUUUACUCAUACGAAGAUGGAGUACUGUCAGCAUACAAGAAAAUCGGCUGUAACUCGAGUUAUGUCUCGAUUGAUAGGUAUCUCUGGUUGACGAAGCAAUUUGAACGAAGUACCACUGAGCGCCUUCACGAGACCGUUUAUGUUUUUACGACUUGUCCUCGUGGUCGUUAGGGACAGGGUGAGCGAUGCUCUUCGAACGCUUCAGUCACCCCUGGCUUCCCGUCGAACAGCUGGUGGCGAAAGAAAAUGGGAAUAUUCAUCACAGCCUUCGAUAUUCGGAUGUGUAGGAUGCAUAAGCUUUUCCUGUGUUGGGAUCCCUCCUGCUUCCUUGGAGCAGGGUUCUAGACGCGAGAGUUGUACUUCCAGGAGCAGCCAUGGCCAAAAACGGGCAGAGAAAGGUUCUCGACCUCUUUUCCCGUCCGUUCAGAGAAAAGAAUGAGAGCAAUAUUCUGACGUCGAGGUCAGGAGGUCAACCGAUGCCUCAUCUGGUUCUGAGGUCAGGAGGUCAGCCAGUGCCAGAUCUCGGUGCCGCCACCAACAUCCCAAGAGGAGAAAUUUUCUCCCAGUUCCUCAGCUCGCAUCUCGAAGCUGCGGAGAGCCUCUGUGAAUAUCUGAUGAGAGCUCGAGAUAUAGACGAAUUUGAAAGCAUGGCCGAGGAAUGCAGGGAUCUUGUCAACGAGCAGUUGUUCAUCUACUCUCUCUCCUUCGUCAUCCUUCGGAAACCGGAAUUGAGGAAAUACCGUAUACCGGCAAUCGUCGAGGUCUUACCAAGCAAAUUCGCUACGCAGGAGAUGCUGCAGGUGGCGAUGACGCAGGUUAAGAAGGAUCCGACGGGGACUGAUCCUAUCGUCAUCGAGAAAGAUUUUACGGGGAACCCUCUCAAGGCCGAGCACAAAGUGGCCUACUGGCGAGAAGACUAUGGAAUCAACUCACAUCACUGGCACUGGCACUAUGCCUUUCCUUUGCGGCAGGAAGAGAACAGGGAUCGGAGAGGAGAAAUCUUCUUCUACAUGCACCAGCAGAUGCUCGCCAGGUACGACAUGGAGCGACUCUGUCAUGGUCUCAACCGCACGUUAGCAUUGAAUGGCUUGCGAGAGCCCAUUAAAGAUGGGUAUUUCUCUAAGCUGACUGUCAACAACUCUGGCAGGCCAUGGGGCACGAGGCAAGACCAUACCACGUUGAAGGACGUGAGCAGAGUUGGUAGAGACAUCAAAAUAUCUCGUUUGGAAAUGUACUAUUCAAGACUCAUGGAUGCUAUUCGCCAAAGAUUUAUGUUGGAUGAUCAGGGGAAGGAAGUCCCACUGACUGAUGACCCACCCACCAAAGAGUCCAAGAGGGGUAUUGAGAUUUUGGGAGAUGCCCUGGAAGCAGAUGAAAGGUGGAGCGUCAAUUACCCUUACUACGGAAACUUCCACAACCUGGUCCAUGUCCUCAUCGCUUACAGCCACGAUCCUGAUUCUGCUCAUAAUGAAGAAAAUGGUGUUAUUGGAAACUCAGCUACAGCCAUGAGGGACCCGGCCUUCUACAGGCUACACAAGCUUGUUGACGAAAUCUUCCAAGAAUACAAAAUGCAACAAAGGCCUUACACCGAGGAAGAGCUGGGUCUGCCUGGCAUCAAGGUCACCAAGGUAGGUGUUCUUCAGGACGGUAACCCCAAUGACCUCAAAACCAGAUGGAAGCAGAGGGACUUCGAAGCUAACAGAGGACUCGACUUCGGCCGCCAAGGUGCGAUCCUCUUCAGGUUCACUCACUUGGAUCACCAGCCAUUUGAUUACCAUCUGCAGGUACAAAACACCCUAACGGCUGAGAAAGAGGUGACCGUCCGAAUUUUCCUGGCUCCCACAUUUGACGAGAGAGGAAACAAGAUGAGCUUCAUGGAUCAGCGUCUUCUGUGGGCGGAGAUGGACAAGUUUGUUGUGAAAUUGACACCAGGUGAAAACCAUCUCGUAAGAUCAUCACUUGACUCUUCCAUCACUGCACCUGAGGAAGCCACAUUCAGGGAUUUGGAGGCAGAGUCUGGAUCAUCAAAAGAAAAAAUUGAAUUUGGUCAAUGCGGUUGUGGGUGGCCCCAGCACAUGCUUCUGCCUAGGGGCAUGCCCCAAGGGAUGCACUUCCAGCUCUUUGUGAUGCUCACCGACUAUGCAGUGGACAAGGUUGACCAAGUAAUUCGAUGCAGGGAGUGUUCCAACGCUGUCUCCUACUGCGGCAUCCUAGACUCCAAAUUCCCCGACACCCGUCCCAUGGGAUUCCCCUUCGAUCGCAAGACCCCAGAGGUAAACUCUGGAUCAAAGAUUGAGAAUGUAGGAGACUUGGCUGCGCAGUUCGAUAAUAUGCUCACGGAAGACAUCAAGAUCACUCUCUCUGAGACCAACUGAGUUUCACAGACACAACAACAGAAGUUGCAGGAAGAGCAGUGGCAAUAUGUCUAUCACUAUGACAUGAUUAUGAGUACAGUUCUGAUGGACCAAACAAGCAGUCUUGAUGAUUUUUAUUGCAUAUUUUCCAUCCUGAACACAUUACCUGGCUUCAGCUAACUCCUGGCAUAGAUGUAACCACAAAAUCAACAUUAGCAGUAAGAUUAACGUACGCCUAAUUAUCUGUAGGCGUAUGCCUGAAGGAAUACAACUCAUCACACUAACAAUGAAUAUAGCUUAGAGACGUGAUCUGAGUAAAUAAAAGUAGGCAGUCCCCUGC